AUGGAGGACACCAAGAAGGCGUCUGAGAAGACGAAGCCCGACAUGAGGCGCGUGACGACGGCGGAGAUGGCGCGGCACUGCGGCGAGGGCGACGUGUGGGUGGCCGUGCAGGGGAAGGUCUACGACGUCACGGCCUGGCUGCCGCACCGCCAGGGCGGGGACCUCCCGCUGCUGAGCCUGGCCGGGCAGGACGUCACCGACGCCUUCGUCGCCUACCACCUGGCCUCCGCGUGGCGGGUGCUCGACCGCUACCGCGUCGCCACGCUCUCCGACUACGCCGUCUCCGAGGUCUCCCGCGACUACCGCCGCCUCGUCGCCGAGUUCGCCAGGGCGGGCCUCGACCGCAAGGGCCACGGCUGCGCCGCCUCGCUCUGCGCCAUGGCGGCGCUAAUGGCCGGCGCCGUCUGGCUCGUCUUUGCCACCACGAGCGUGGCCGCGCACAUGGCGGCCGCCGUCAUGUUGGGCUUCCUGUGGAUGCAGUCGGGCUUCCUCGGCCACGACUCGGGCCACUACGUGGUGAUGCGGACCGGCGUCCUGAACCGCGCCGUGCAGCUGGGGGCGGGCAACUGCGUCGCCGGCAUCAGCAUCGGGUGGUGGAAGCGCAACCACAACGCGCACCACAUCGCGUGCAACAGCCUCGACCACGACCCGGACGUGCAGCACAUGCCGCUCUUCGCCGUCUCGCCGCGCCUCUUCGCGUCCCUCACCUCCGCCUUCUACCGCCGCGCGAUGCGCUUCGACGCCGCGGCGCGCCUCGUCAGCUACCAGCACUGGACAUUCUACCCGGUCAUGUGCGUGGCGCGCGUCAACCUCUUCGCGCAGUCGCUGCUGCUGCUGCUGUUCAUCCGGACGACGCGCGUGCCGGGGCGGCUCGCGGAGCUCGCGGGCCUCGCCGUGUUCUGGGUGUGGUACCCGUGGCUGGUGUCCCGGCUGCCCGGCGGCGCUCCCGAUCGAGCGCGCCGCCUUCGUGCUGCUCAGCUUCGCCGUCACGGCGAUCCAGCACGUGCAGUUCUGCCUGAACCACUUCUCGGCGGGGACGUACGUGGGGCGGCCCCGCGGCGACGACUGGUUCAGAAGCAGACGCGGGGCACGCUGGACGUGGCCUGCCCGCCGUGGAUGGACUGGUUCCACGGCGAGCUGCAGUUCCAGGUGGAGCACCACCUGUUCCCGCGGCUGCCACCUCCGGCGCGUGGCGCCCCUGGUGCGCGACCUCUGCCGCAAGCACGGACUGCCCUACGAGCGCUGCGGCUUCUGGGAGGCCAACGUGCGCACGCUGCGGACGCUGCGCGAUGCCGCCAUGCAGGCGCGCGCGGUCACCGCCGGCGGCUCGGGCCCCGGGCCCAAGAACCUCGUAUGGGAGGCCGUCAACACCCUUGGCUGAUUUAUUUUAUUAUUUGA